UUUUAGAGAAUAGAACUGGUUGUACUGAUGAGCAACUUUGUGUCAUACUCUGGUUUCUCUCAGUAACACCACAGGACCCAGCCUAAUUAUCACUGCUUUGGAGUUAAUAAUUCAUCACACUCACUGAUGGGACAUAGGAAGAAGAUAUAUUAGAAGUGACGCAGAAAUUUUAUAUCUUCUGCAGAAUACACCAUUUUCACUCAGGGUGUGUUUUUGGCGUUUGUGUGGAGAAUGGGGACAAAUUGGCUGCUGCUAUGCAGCCUUAUGGGAGUCCUUUUUUUUGGCAGCCUCCCAAAACUUAAUGCUCAGGAUGCCCAAGAUUCAGCUGACAUUGUACUCUUAAUUGAUGGAUCAGAGAACAUGGGAGCUGCCAACUUCGCUAUCAUCCGUGAUUUGGCUUUCACAGUGAUCGAAAGGCUUGAAGUGGGCAGGGACAUGAUCCGCAUAGCCCUGGUGGUGUAUGGUGCUGAACCCGUGAUAGAGUUUGAUCUCAGUAACAAUUACAACAAAGAGUCAAUGCAGAAUAUUGUGCAAAAUCUUAAAUUCAGUGGUGGAUAUGAGUCUAAUCUGGGGGCAGCCUUGGAGUUGGUGAAUGAGAGCCUGUUGGGCCCAGAGUCAGGAGGCAGGGCAGAGGAGGGAGUGCCACAGGCCUUGGUAGUUAUCAGUGCUGGGCAGUCCACUGAUGAUGUCAGUGAGGGUGAGAGAGCACUAAAGCAGGCCAGAGUAUUAAUCUUUGGUGUUGCAUUGGGUGAUUCAGCUAGUGCCCAGCUGCAGGCUAUCGCAAGCGAUGGAAGCUUUGUUCUUUCUGCCCCUGAUGUCAGAUCACUGGCAGAUAUGGGUGAUCAGCUACUUCCAUAUAUUAAUGGGGUGGUCCGACGCGCCAUUGUGAUACACACUGAGAUCACAGAAUUACCUGUUUCGGAAAGAGACAUAAUAUUUCUCAUUGACAGCAGUGUGGGCCCCACAAUAGUCAAUGCAAUUCGUGAAUUCAUCAAAAAUUUUAUUGACACAGUGCCAAUUGGGCCUGAUCAGGUUCAAAUUGGAGUGACUAUGUUUUCAAACACACCAAGACUUGAAAUUGACUUGAAUUCACACAGCUCAAAGGAAUCCCUAAUCUCUGCCCUUUCCCGAAUUAAACCUAAACAAUCAGCUGAGGUCAACAUUGGUGCCGCUCUCGACUUUGUAAGAAUCAACAUGCUUAUACCGGAAAAAGGAAGCCGCAUUCAGAAAGGUGUGCCCCAGCUUCUGUUGCUGAUCUCAAGCAAAAAGUCCAAAGACAGUGUCCAGCAACCAGCUGAAGCCUUGAAACAAAUGGGUGUCUUGACUAUAGCUGCUGGCUCUCGGGCUGCCGAAGAAGCCGAACUUCAGCAGAUAGCUAUUGAUAAAAACCUUGUCUUCAUGUUUAAGGACUUCCGUCUGUUACAACGCAAUCCCAAACGGGUUGCGUCUGCACUAUCAACACUUUCAGGUUUUGUUUUGCCAACUGAGAACACAGAAACAAACGUAACCACCAUAGAGGUCCCACGUAUAAUUAGGGACAUUGUAUUCAUGGUUGAUGGAUCUAACUAUGUUGGAAAUGCAAAUCUGCCUGCUGUACGAGACUUCAUCCUCAGAAUUGUUAACCAGCUGGAUGUUCGACCUGAAAGAGUGCGCAUUGGCCUGAUCCAGUUUGCUGAGGGACAAAGGACAGAGUUCUAUCUAAAUUCUCAUAACAACAAACAAGACGUGCUUGAUAACAUUGCUAAGUUAAGAUUAAUUGGAGGAAAUGCAGUGAAUACGGGGGCAGCCCUUCGUUAUGCUCUAGAAAACCAUUUUCAAGAAUCAGCUGGCUCUCGAAGGAGAGAAGGAGUCCAGCAGGUCUUGGUAAUUAUCACUGGUGGUCCAUCUCAAGAUGAGGUCAGCAGCAUUGCAGACCGAGUAGCACUGUCUGGAGUUUUGUCCUUUGCUGUUGGAGUUAGCCAAGUGGAUGAGAGUGAACUGAAGAAAAUUGCUUUUGUUGAAACCCUUGCAUACUAUGAAAACAACUUUGCAGAUUUGCCAACGGUUGCUGAAAAAAUAAUGACACCACUCAUCACUGUAAUUGGAGAGCCUGUUACGGCUACUCGAAGUAUUGAUCAAGAUGAAAGGGAUGUUGCAUUUUUGAUUGAUGGUUCUGAUGCUGUUAGAGGAGAUUUUGCAUACAUUCGUAACUUCCUAAUCAAAGUGAUUGAGCCCCUUGAUGUUUCUGUUGAUAAAGUAAGAAUUGCUGUUGUCCAACACAGUGAGAAACCAACUACUAAUUUCUAUCUAAACACCUAUAAAACAAAAGAUGAAGUCUUGAGAGCUCUAAGUCAGCUUAGCCCAGCUGGUGGCAGAAGUCUGAAUACUGGAGCUGCAUUAACAUACAUGAAAGACAAAAUUUUAUCGCCAAAUUCUGGGGGCAGGGCAGCCCAAAAUGUUCCCCAGUUUCUAAUUUUUUUGACUGGUGGAAAAUCAAGGGAUAGCGUAAAGGAACCUGCCGGUGCCUUAAAGACUGAAGGAGUGGUACCAUUUGGUAUUGGGGUGAGAAAUGCAGAUUCCAAACAGAUUGCAGCUAUUUCUCACAAUCCAUCAUUUGCCUUCAAUGUGAAAGAAUUCAGCCAGCUUAACACUGUCGAGCAAAGACUGAAUAGCUAUGUUAGUCUACCAAAGACACAACUAGACGUUAUUCUUGAGCAAGAAUUUUUCUUUUAUGCUGGAAAAAAGGAUGUUGUUUUUUUAAUUGAUGGUUCUGACAGCACUAAGGAAAGUUUCUCAAGUAUACAAAAGUUUAUCUUGCUUUUGGCAGAAAGGUUAAACUUGGGGCAGAACAGAGAUCAAAUUUCUGUGGUCCAGUACAGUGAAAAUGCAACUGUUGAUUUCUUUUUAAACACACAUUUCUCAAGGCAAGAUAAAAUUAUUGACAGUAUCAAACACCUGCACCACAAAGGUGGAGAGCUACCUUACACUGGGGCAGCUUUACAAUAUGUAAAGGAUCAUGUCUUUUCAGUCCGCUCAGGGAGCAGAUAUUUAGAUGGUGUACCACAGAUUUUGAUUCUGCUAAGUGCAGGAAGGUCUAGAGAUGAUGUUAGAGGCCCAGUUAAAGAUCUGAAGGAACUUGGAGUCUUUCCAUUAAGUAUCGGUACACCAAAUGCAGACACUCUUGAACUACAAACAAUAUCUUAUCAACCAAAUUAUUUUUUUACUGUCCCCUUUGAUAACCUUUUCAAAAUCAAGGAGGAUGUUUUGUUGUUAAUAAAAGAAAUCUCAAACAAAAAAGUGACAAACAGCAUUCCUUCAGUUUUUGGUAAGAUGGUGUAUAAAUAUUUAUUUCAUUUAAAUAUUUCUACAUUACUUUGCAAUUGCUUAUAAUGUGAGACCAAAUAU